CUUCGAGGUGCGACACCAUGUCACCAAUCGACCAUCCUCCUGGCAUUCCGGUCAAGACCAGGACUCGAAAACUAUCUCCUGUGUUCUGAUCACCUCAAAUGUCUAUAUAAGGGACGAACAUUGCCCUCUCUAGACGUCUUUCAUCAUCAGCACCACCAUCCAACCUUCAGAACAACAAGCUCUUCCUACUCAUUACCUCAACACUAAACCAGAGUCCCAACUCACUCAAGCAAGAUGGCCACCGCAGUAACCCGCUCUACUCCUGCUCCUGCACCCGCGAUGAUGGCUCUCCAAGCCCCCCAGCUCGGCCUCGCCGACGACGAGCUCCUGGCCCUCUUCCGCCGCGUCACGAUCAGUGGCUCCGCAGGCCACGACGUUUCAGAGACCCAGAUCAAGAAGGCCUUCGAGCAGGAGGUCAGCCGGCCCCUGGGCCGUCAGGUGCUGGAGGCCUCGCUGCGGGACGCGCAUGAGUGCUCCUGCUACCACUGGAACUACCACGACCGGAUCCGGGGCAAAGUCGACAUCAGCCGGGUCGACUUGAGCUUCGAUCUGACCUCCCAGAGCAUGGGGCAGUCGGUCCGGGGCGAGGUGGCGGGGUUCUUCCGGGUGAACCAUGCUUACAUCAACGCAACCGUCUACUAUGACGACCAGCAAACCCUUCAAGGAAACCAGAGCAUCAAGGUCUACAUGGAUGCGAACAAAUUCAUCAUCGACUUCUACCCCACCGACCAGGCGGAGAAGCCGAUUGCCCGUAUCGUGCAAACCAACUCUUCCUUCACCUUCCAGGGGACUUGCACUGGCGGUUCCACCUGGUACACCAACUAGACUGGUGCUGUUGAGCUGUGUGUACCACAGCCAUGAUGUCGAGGGGAAGAUGGGUCGCAGCCUGCGGAUCGAGACAUGAAGAAUGGUUUUGCGCUUUAUUUGCUUUUCUGCGUCUUUCGCCUUGAUUGUUUUGCGGUAGCU